GCGUGAGCACGGGAUCGAAGGGGCAGGCUUUACCACCAGGACGGAUGUGCGGGAUAAUCGUUUUAACCCGACGUUGUACUCGCAUCUCCCCCCUUGGCAACACCCCCUGCCAGACGAUAAUCUUUGGAAACCACCUCCAUCGACUCUUCCACUUGGAUGGGGGUCGACGCAAACUUCUUACGACACGGUGGGGAUACCUCACCGUCGUGCUGGUUCCUUUGGGCCCAUGUCCGCGCUCCUCGACGAAGUUCACGAAGGGGGCAGACAUCCUCCUCAUCUUCAUUUAUCCCUUUCAUGCAGCAUGCACGUCUCGAGGACGCUGAUCGUUGACCACAACAGCGAUGGCCGCCGUCCCAUGACAGUUGCAACGAACGUGCCUACGAAGGGAUUGUCCAGUGCGUCAAUGAAUCGACAACAAGAAGUGGCGAUGAAGGACUUUGGUGCGGCUGCUGCGGAUAGCGUGCAGAGGGGUGUAAUGGGUGGGACAACGGCUGCGGAAUCCCCGUCUAUCAUUGAACAAAUCAUAGCGCGAGUGUCAAACAUGCGUGCGACCGGCAAUGAUGAACGGAGCGGCGUCGGGAAUGUGGGUUGUGAGGAAGAGGGUAAAGUCGAUUGCGACGACAAAGAUGACUCGGAUAGUGAUGAUGAGGAGGAGGACAAUGUUCAAGAAGUGACAACUCGUGGGGGCAAGGAAAAAUCAAGCAAGGGUCGUGGGAAAGGCGAGACAUCCGCCAGUGAAAACGGUGAAGGUAAAGGCAGUGAUGGGUGUGGCACCCAGUCGUCAGGUUCCCCACCCCACGGGAAGAGGAAGAAUGCCCGCCAGCUCGCGUUCGACUCUGUGACUGAUGUCAUGAAGACCCACUCCACCAUCGUCGCCGAUUCCGUGGACCGCGCAAGCAAACGACAAUAUGAGGUGCUUCAGCGACAAUGCAACAUAAUGGAACGCGAAGCGAUGACGCAAGAAAGGCAAUGCGAGGUGCUGGACACCGGCCAGCGGAUGCUUUGCGACGCUCUGCUCAAGAUAGCGUCGGCGUUGUCCCGCUAGCGAUGACUUUCGUCGUUGUCCAAAAAAAAACGAUAUAUUAAUGAUGCAAUUUCACCUCUAGCCGCAGUGACGA